AUUCUGUUACUUACUUAUUUUGCAUAGACAAAUAUACAAAAUAUAUAAUUAACAAUUAUUACCUAUCCUUAAGAUUCAAACAACUGAAGUAGCCUUUAGAAGGAAAAGGUGAAAAUUAUCCAUUUCUUCUUGCAUAGUUGUAUAGCUAUUAAUCAUAUGUUCCCGGCCAAUUUGUAACGUUUUACCUUUGGCGCGAAGCUGUUUCGUGAUCAUAUUUUAAAUGGUGAAAGCUUGUUUGCAGGUUUAGGGAAAUUAAUACGAAUAAUUAAACCAUAAAAGGGAUGAUGGACGAUGCAGCGACUGCUCGAUUAAAGUCGUUUAUUAUUAGUAGUAAUGAUGCUUUAGAAUUUAAGUUGGUUCGCUCUGUAGAAGAUCUUGAAGAUGAUGAAGCGACAUUUAGACCAGAAAUGUCUCAUCAAGUGUUUGGUGAUGGUGAAUCAAUUUUUGGAUAUCGGGAUUUAAGAGUAAAAUUGUACUACUCGGCUGGUUCAUUGGAGACUUAUUUGGGAAUGACAUAUGCUGAAAAAGUAAAUAAGUUAAUGUAUGAGGGAGUCGAACCGGAUGAAGUACUACCAAAGUUUUCUGGAAAACUGACAGCUCAAAUUCAUGAUAGUUUGGAUUCUUUCAUCAAAUCUUUGAAAAAAGAUGAUACCUUUAGACCACAUGGAGAACAAUUACAUUCUUUUUCAGUGAAUGAUCAAGGUGAUAUAAGGCACUUUGAGGUAUACAAAGCUGACAUGAGUUAUAAAGGAUUUCGGGAGUAUCACCAACGUCUUCAAACUUUUCUACUGUGGUACAUAGAUGCUGCAAACUUUAUCGACAUUGAUGAUGAUCAGUGGCAUUAUUUUAACAUGUUUGAAAAAUACGUUUCAAAAGAUGGUUUACCUCGGUAUGCUACUGUCGGUUUUGCCACUGUGUAUCAGUAUUAUGCAUAUCCUCAUCAUACACGGCCACGCAUUGCACAGGUUCUGAUAUUACCUCCUUUCCAAAGUAUGGGACUGGGUACCCAACUCUUGCGAGCCAUAUACCGCGAAUAUACUGGGAGAAAUGAAGUGAAAGACAUAACAGUGGAAGAUCCAUCUAUGGAUUUUCAACGGCUGAGAGAUUAUGUAGACGCCGUUAAUUGUUCUACAUUACCUAGUUUUGCAAGAGAUCGCCUGAAAGAGGGAUUUAACAAAUUAAUGGCUACUGAAGCAAGAGAAAAGUUCAAGAUUAAUUCGAAACAAUCCCGCAGAGUCUACGAGAUUCUCAAAUUGCGUGCGACAGAUUUGUCAAAUGAGAAUGAGUAUCGCGAGUAUAGGCUGGAUGUGAAAAGAAGACUGAAUGUGCCUUACAAACGCGAGCAGCAUGAUCAGAGAAAGCUAGAGUCUUCACGAAAAAAUAAUGAGAAGCUUCCGAAUAUGCCGAUUCCGUCAACGGAACAGCGCAUACAAAUUUUGGAAAAGGAAUACCGUUUGCUCGAAGAGGAGUAUAAAAAAGUUGUUAAACGUUUGGAAGACGCAGCUGAACUAUAAUUCGUUUUUAUUUUUCUAUUUUCUUUUUUUAAACUGCAAGCAUUACAUAUCGUGCGAGCAAGAGGAAUUAAGUCUGCACUGUGCAACAUAAAAAUUGCAAACUUCAAUUUAUUAUGAGGAAAUAGAUUGCACUUCAUUGGACUGCGUGUCGUGCUGUGUUGAAUUUUCAAAAUUAAAUACCUGUUUCUAAUAUAAGAUGCUGAUGUAUAAUUUCACAUGAUUUAAAAUGUUGCCUAUAUUAAACGUAUCGUGAUACCUCAAAAUGCUCAAUGUACACGAGAGAUGAUUGUAUUCGGAUUCGAAAUUUACAAAAGUUUAUGCGUUCUAAUAUGUUUGCAUUUUUCAAGUUACAUUUUUUUAUUUUUGUAUUUGUAGCAAUUGCUCGCGAUUAAAUCGCAAUGGCAAUGUAAAUAUUAUUCACAUUGUAUGUAUAUCAUAAAAAUACAAACUUUCGUACGUAUA